GCAAAUAUUCCUGCCUGGGAGUUCUCAAAUCACUCCUGCCACAGCCCAGCUCCUGCAGGACCUCCGGGGUAUUUUGUCAGCACAGAAUCCAGCAGAAUUUUCCUUGGAAAACUCACAAAAUCCUCCCGUGCUUUGGGCUUUUCCACAAGGAGCUGCCCACUAAGAAAUUUUAGAUCCUCCAGGGAGAGAAAAUAAAAACAAAUCCCGGGGAAAUCCUUUCCAAGAGGAAGAGCAGUGUUGGACAAUCCCAGCCCUGAGGAUGCCUCGUUUCCUGCUGCUCCCGAUCCAAGGAGCUCCGGAGCUGUGAGGAGAUCCAGGCUGAGAUUCAGAAGAUAAAAGCUGCUCCCCAGGGAGGAUGAGCUCCGUGAUCCUGCUGCUGCUGCUGCUGCUGCUGCUUCCCGCCGGGGACGCCGGUUCUGAGGAGCUGCCCAGGCGGCGCCUGGCGUGCGUCAGGUGCUGCGGGCCCUCGGAGCAGCCCGUGUCCAUCUUCUCCCAAAGGUCUGCCAGGAUGAGCGGCCAUCCCCAAUAUCCCCUGCCCAAAAUCCAGCCCACCAUCGACAUCACCAUCCUCAAAGGCGAGAAGGGCGAGAUGGGCGAGCGCGGGUUCCCCGGAGCCGCGGGGAAGGUGGGAGAGCGCGGAUCCCGCGGGCUGAGCGGCCGCAAGGGCCAGAAGGGGCAGCCGGGCCCCCAGGGCCACCCCUGCAAGCAGCUCUUCGCCGCCUUCUCCGUGGGCCGCCGCAAGCCCCUGCACAGCUCCGACUACUUCCAGCUCGUCACCUUCGACACGGAGCUCGUCAACCUCUACCAGCACUUCAACAUGUUCUCCGGAAAGUUCUUCUGCUACGUGCCCGGCGUUUACUACUUCAGCCUCAACGUGCACACCUGGAACUUCAAGGAGACCUACGUGCACGUGAUGAGGAACGAGCAGGCCGUGGCCAUCCUGUACGCCCAGCCCAGCGACAGGAGCAUCAUGCAGAGCCAGAGCCUGAUGCUGGAUCUGCAGGAAGGGGAGGAGGUUUGGGUCAGGAUGUUCAAGAGGGAGAGGGAAAACGCCAUUUACAGCGAGGAGUCGGAUCUUUACAUCAUCUUCAACGGGCACCUGAUCAAACCCGCCCUGGAGUAGGAGCUCCUCGGCUCCAGGGAAAAGCUUUGGGCCACCCAGCAGUGUCUUCCCUCUAAAAGUGCAUCUUGAAUUCCAUCUGGGAUGGUUGUAAACCUGGAAGAGUUGUUUUUCCACAUCUGUGUGUCUCCAACUGCUCAAGAAUUCCAGAAGGUUCCCAGCUCCCUUUGUGGCCCCUCAGGAGCAUCCCUGGAGUUUGUUCAAUUGACAGCAAAAAUUUCCCUUCUUUCUCUGGGGGCAAUUUUAUCUCCUUUAACCCAAAGAAUUCCCAAAAGGAAGUCGUCACCAGUUCUUUUUCCUCUAAAUCAAUGCCAAAUCUUCAAGAUCUCCCAUUCCACUUGGAAUAUUUGCAGCCCUUGGAAGGGUGGUUUUUCCACUCAUUUAUGGAUGGAGGGAACUGUUCCAAAUGCACAAAAAUUCCAGAAGUUUUCCAACUCCCUGUGUAGCCCCUCAGGAGCAUCCCUGAAGAGCUGCAAACUUAGCAGCAAAAUUUUCUCUUCUUUCUGCAUCUCCCAUUCCAUUUGGAAUAUUUGCAACCCUUGGAAGGGUGGGUUUCCACCCCUGUGUGGACAAAGGUGGCUGUUCCACCUGCACAAAAAUUCCAGAAGGUUCCCAGCUCCCUGUGUAGCCCCUCAGGAACAUCCCCAAAAAUUUGCCAAGUUGGCAGCAGAAUCCCCCUCCUUUGCUGUGCUUUAGAUAAAGAAUUAUAAUAAUUAGGAUAUGAUUACAAUAAAAUAAUUAUCCUUGAGGACCAGAGUGGUUAUCCAGGUGCUAAUUAAGGAAUUUUGUUAUUCCUGCAAAAAUCUCAGCGAAUAAGAGCCACCCCCCUCAGCAGCAUCAGGUUGGCUCCUCUCAGGCAGGAAUUUUGGCAUUAAAAUCAAUAUUUUGCACAGGAAUUAAUCCCAAGUUCCAGUUGGGUUCCAUUCUGUGUCACAUUCCAUGGUUCCAGCAGAAUGGUGGAAUUAGAGCAAUAACAGCAGACGGAUUCAGGAAAGCUUUUCCAGGGAAACGGAUCUUGGUACAAUCACAGGCUCCAGAGGAAAACUUCCCAGAAGAAAAUCCAGCCUGGGAAUGUGCUUCCCAACUGGACAAAAUGCUGGGAAUUUGGGAGUUGCCAUGCUGGAAUUUCAGGCUCUGCUCCCAUCUGGACGUUCCCAUUCUGGAGCACCAUAAUUUCUGGGAAAGGGAGGAAAAACUGGAAAGAAAAAGGUUUUUGUUGUGGUUUUUUGUUCUUUUUUUGAGCAUUUGGGGUUUUUCCUCAGAAAUUACCAUCUUGGAGCACCAUAAUUUCUGGAAAAUGGAGGAAAAAUGGGAAAGAAAAAUGAGUUUUUCUUCAAGCAGUGAUUUUUGGGAAUUUUGGGUUUUUCCCUAAAAAAUUAUGGAUAGAACCAUGGUGCAUGCAGCAAACCCCCAUCAUUUUAUCCCAUUCCUUCUUUUCAUUUUUCCCAGUCUCUCAUUUGCUUCCCAAACCUUUUGUACAAAGAAUCCAGGGAAAUUCCUGCCAGGAAAAUGCUUCCAUGGAUCUCACC